CAUGCACAUGUGCCAACUCCAAGUGGGUAGCUAAUCCUGUAGGUGCAAUAUUUACACAGCUCAGUGCCUAUCUGUCAUCGAACGAUUAUGGUUACCGUCUUCUAUUACGACAUGGCAUACUCCGCAAAUGUCAUAGAUAACCAAAUGGGAUUCAACAGUCCUUCCGCUUCUUCUCUUCUUUCCAUCCCACUAGCUGCGUGCGACAUGGAACCACCCCAGCAUGCCAUUGGAAAGGCAGACGAGGCCCUACUCGCUGAGCUCGGCUACAAGCAGGAGUUCAAGCGUGCAUUCACUCCCUUGGAGGUAUUUGGUAUAGCUUUCAGUAUUAUUGGCCUACUCCCCUCCAUUGCCUCUGUUCUCUUUUACGCUGUGCCUAAUGGAGGUCCAGCAUCAAUGGUGUGGGGUUGGGCAGUUGCCAGUCUUUUCAUCCUCUGCGUAGGUUUGUCGAUGGCCGAAUUGGGUUCUGCGGCGCCAACAUCCGGAGGCUUAUACUUCUGGACACACGCCUUGUCAUCUCCGCGGUGUAGAAAUUUACUUGCAUGGAUUGUUGGGUACGCAAACACCAUUGGGAGCAUAGCAUCGGUCGCAUCUAUUGACUGGGGAUGUGCGGUGCAAAUCAUGGCUGCAGUAUCCAUUGGCUCAGGCCAGACUUUUACUGCAACGAGUGCCCAAACUUUUGGAGUCUACGUUGCAAUAGUCCUGUCGCACGCAGUCAUAUGCUGCUUGGGAACUGCGGUUCUCGCUAGACUGCAAACUGUUUAUGUUGUUAUUAAUAUCUGUUUGUGUUUCGCCGUCAUUAUCGGCCUUCCUGCUGCCACCCCAAAGGCGAACAUGAACAGCGCAAGCUAUGCGCUUGGUAAUUUCGCAAAUUUGAACGGCUGGCCAGAUGGCUAUGCAUUCAUUCUGAGCUUCCUUGCGCCCGCGUGGACCAUUGCUUCCUUUGACUCAAGUGUGCAUAUCAGCGAGGAAUCGUCAAAUGCUGCCACUGCUGUUCCAUGGGCCAUUGUCAUCGCCGUCGCUAUCGCAGGCAUCCUUGGUUGGGCGAUCAACGUCUCUCUUGCAUUCUGCAUGGGCACCGACGUGAGCUCACUUCUCGACAGCCCGAUUGGACAGCCCAUGGCCCAAAUUUUCUUCAACAGCUUCGGCCAAAAUGGAACGCUUGCAUUGUGGUCCUUCGUCGUGCUUGCUCAAUAUAUGAUGGGCUCGAGCAUGGUCCUUGCAUCAUCCCGCCAAACAUUCGCAUUUUCCCGUGAUGGCGCACUCCCGUUCUCAUCCUACCUCUAUCGUAUGAACAGCUUCACCAAGACGCCCGUCAACACCGUUUGGUUCCUAUCAACGCCAUCUUCGCCUCUCUCCGUGACGGCGUUAUACAUCGCAUAUGCGAUCCCAAUGACCGCGCGCUUCGUGUUCACAAACAAUUUCAAGCCCGGUCCAUUCAAUUUAGGUAUCUUUAGCCUUCCAAUUGCUAUCAUUGCGGUGUCGUACAUGCUCGUUAUGGACAUCGUAUUUUUAUUCCCGACGACGCCACAAACCGACGUUGCGAACAUGAACUAUACCGUGGUCGUGCUGGGCGGUAUACUCACCUUGUCUAUCAUGUGGUACUAUUGCCCUGUGUAUGGUGGGGUGCAUUGGUUCACAGGCCCAGUGUCAAACAUUGGAAAGGGGACUGAGGGGAGCGUGUCGAGUGUUCGGGAGUCAGAGGAGAAGAAUUUGAAUGUGAAUGUUAGGGAGGUCCCUGUUGGGGUUUGAUACUAGAAGGAUUUGUCCAUCAUAGAUUUAAUAUGCUCAAAUCGUACACCCAAGGAUGUGGAAUUACAUUUGUUUUAGAAACGGA